AUGUUAGAGGACUUUUCGAAAGUAACCGACAAAGAAAUUAAUGAAGAUAAAGACCUGGAAGCACUUAUCGAACAGCUUAAAAAUGAUCCACUUGGUGAAUAUACACGAAAAGAUAUAGAUAUUGUAGAGGUCGCAAAACGAAUACGACUUGGCUUAGAGUAUGCAACGUUUAAAAUCAAAAAUGGAUGGGAGAAAUACGAUGUCGCGACUUGUGAAAUUUUAUUUGAAGAAAAAAUGCGUAUAAAUGCGAUUCCCGUUCCGAAGAUAUUAGGAAGGAUUAAAAAUAGUAGGCUUUCUGAAUCGAAAGCUGCCGCAAUAUAUGAAUAUUUAGAUUCACUAGAAAUGGUGUCGCAAGAUCUAUGUAUUAACCAAGAUCCGAUGUCAUCUUUACUAACAACUUCGCAAUUUAUUGGAUCAGACAAUUUCUGUGCACAAGAUUUGGGACAAUCUUUUUUGGAGACAACAUCAUUACGAUCUAUUGAGCCAAGCAAAUUAACUACUAAAUCUAAAAAAUCACGCGACCAAUCUUCGAGACAAUCAAGUACAGGAUUGUUGCAUCCGCCUCCUGUUUUGAUCCCACUCACUUCAAAGAUUCCGGAACCAAGUCACGCCACCAAUCACGUGAUCACCCGAAAUCCGGUGGUUUCUGAAGUUAUUCUAAAAGCUUUGGAGGAAAAUACUAAAAAAAAGAAAACAAAGAAGAGAAAAUCGAUUACCAUGACUACCAGAAAAGGAAAGAAUAAGCGCUCAAAGCCGUCUGUACAUUCAACAAAUGAGGACGUUGAGAUGGAAGACUUCUUUGGUGCUACAGAAAAUAAUUUGCAUAUGAGCUCAAAACAAACUAUUAGUGAAAAUUCUUUAUCUUCACAAAAAGUCUCGGUGUCACCAAAUACAUUAUUUCAUGAACUCUGGGCAACUGCUAGUUCCGUUGUCCCACAAAAGACAGCUUCGACGUCCAUGUCUCCAGGACAGUUAUUCAAUGAACUUUGGGCAACUUCAAGCGUCGCACAAAAAGACAAUACAGGUGCAGAAUCAACACUUGCAACUUCCAUAUCACCUGAUACAUUUCUUGAUGAACUUCUGGCUGCAAGUACUUAUGAAGACGACGAUGACGAAAAGACACCCAAAGACAGCACCACAGAAUCUACUCAAACAUUAGCAAUGUCCCCCGGCACUAUUUUCCGAGCUGCCUUAGACGAUUGGGCAGCCGUUGACUCUAAUUUUCCCAAUGCAAUACUUUCUCAUUUGCCGAAUUUGCCAUCAUCGCCUUUGGCGUCUUCCCCACCACAUACACCAAGAAAUGUUCAAACACUAGCCUCUUUGGCUUCAUCCUCGACAAGGGUUCCUUUGACAACUGCUGACCUUGACCCUCCAAGAACCCCACCACAUCAAAUUCGUUCUGCAAUUGAUUUAUCGACGCCAAACUCGGCAUUUUCAUUGAGUGAAUUUAUUAAUAUGUCUCCUACACCAAAAUAA